CACUAGCCUCCCAGCCUGCCCGUGAGGAAGCAUCAUUAGGCCCAUGUUACAAAUGAGGAAAAUUGAGGCAGAGUGAUGUAACUGGCCCAGCAGUUACAUCAGGCCUGCUCACAACACAGCAGGCCUGGGACCCCUGUAACUUGGAUCCUGGUCUGUCUUGUUCUAAAGAGUCAAAUCUAGGAAAUGAAGAAAUGAAGUUUGGGAUGGGCCCAGGCCUGGAGCUUCCACUCAGCUCCCUUGCUUGGUGCUGGAGAAACAGAGGCCCAGAGAGGGGGCUCGCCUUGCCCGCGUUCCCGCAGCAGCCGGCCAGAGGCCGCUGCCAUUGUGCGCGAGGCUGGAUAAAAUGAAUGACUGGAGGGCGCCCUGGAGGAGGGGCCGGCUGAGGGGAGAUUUGUGGCGCAGACCGGGGAUCAGGGGUCCCCCGCUCUCUCAAGGUGGGGCGGGGCCGUCUAUCUGGGAGGGCGGGUCCUCCCCGAAAGGCCCCGCCUCCGCCUCGACCGCCCAGCGGAGCUGCGGCCGGGGGAACCCAGUUUCCGAGGAACUUUUCGCCGGCGCCGGGCCGCCUCCGAGGCCAGGGCAGGACACGAACGCGCGGAGCGGCGGCGGCGACUGAGAGCCGGGGCCGCGGCGGCGCUCCCUAGGAAGGGCCGUACGAGGCGGCGGGCCCGGCGGGCCUCCCGGAGGAGGCGGCUGCGCCAUGGACGAGCCACCCUUCAGCGAGGCGGCUUUGGAGCAGGCGCUGGGCGAGCCGUGCGAUCUGGACGCGGCGCUGCUGACCGACAUCGAAGACAUGCUUCAGCUUAUCAACAACCAAGACAGUGACUUCCCUGGCCUGUUUGACCCACCCUAUGCUGGGAGUGGGGCAGGGGGCACAGACCCUGCCAGCCCCGAUACCAGCUCCCCAGGCAGCUUGUCUCCACCUCCUGCCACAUUGAGCUCCUCUCUUGAAGCCUUCCUGAGCGGGCCGAAGGCAGCGCCCUCACCCCUGUCCCCUCCCCAGCCUGCACCCACUCCAUUGAAGAUGUACCCGUCCGUUCCUGCUUUCUCCCCUGGGCCUGGUAUCAAGGAAGAGUCAGUGCCACUGAGCAUCCUGCAGACCCCCACCCCACAGCCCCUGCCAGGGGCCCUCCUGCCACAGAGCUUCCCAGCCCCAGCCCCACCGCAGUUCAGCUCCACCCCUGUGUUAGGCUACCCCAGCCCUCCGGGAGGCUUCUCUACAGGAAGCCCUCCCGGGAGCACCCAGCAGCCGCUGCCUGGCCUGCCACUGGCUUCCCCGCCAGGGGUCCCGCCCGUCUCCUUGCAUACCCAGGUCCAGAGUGUGGUCCCCCAGCAGCUACUGACAGUCACAGCUGCCCCCACGGCAGCCCCUGUAACGACCACUGUGACCUCGCAGAUCCAGCAGGUCCCGGUCCUGCUGCAGCCCCACUUCAUCAAGGCAGACUCGCUGCUUCUGACAGCCAUGAAGACAGACGGAGCCACUGUGAAGGCGGCAGGUCUCAGCCCCCUGGUCUCCGGCACCACUGUGCAGACAGGGCCUUUGCCGACCCUGGUGAGUGGCGGAACCAUCUUGGCAACAGUCCCACUGGUCGUAGAUGCGGAGAAGCUGCCUAUCAACCGGCUGGCAGCUGGCAGCAAGGCCCCGGCCUCUGCCCAGAGCCGUGGAGAGAAGCGCACAGCCCACAACGCCAUUGAGAAGCGCUACCGCUCCUCCAUCAAUGACAAAAUCAUUGAGCUCAAGGAUCUGGUGGUGGGCACUGAGGCAAAGCUGAAUAAAUCUGCUGUCUUGCGCAAGGCCAUCGACUACAUUCGCUUUCUGCAACACAGCAACCAGAAACUCAAGCAGGAGAACCUAAGUCUGCGCACUGCUGUCCACAAAAGCAAAUCUCUGAAGGAUCUGGUGUCGGCCUGUGGCAGUGGAGGGAACACAGACAUGCUCAUGGAGGGCGUGAAGACUGAGGUGGAGGACACACUGACCCCACCCGCCUCGGAUGCUGGCUCACCUUUCCAGAGCAGCCCCUUGUCCCUUGGCAGCAGGGGCAGUGGCAGCGGUGGAAGUGGCAGUGACUCGGAGCCUGACAGCCCAGUCUUUGAGGACAGCAAGGCAAAGCCAGAGCAGCGGCCGUCUCUGCACAGCCGGGGCAUGCUGGACCGCUCCCGCCUGGCCCUGUGCACGCUCGUCUUCCUCUGCCUGUCCUGCAACCCCUUGGCCUCCUUGCUGGGGGCCCGGGGGCUUCCCAGCCCCUCAGAUACCACCAGCGUCUACCAUAGCCCUGGGCGCAACGUGCUGGGCACCGAGAGCAGAGAUGGCCCUGGCUGGGCCCAGUGGCUGCUGCCCCCAGUGGUCUGGCUGCUCAAUGGGCUGCUGGUGCUCGUCUCCUUGGUGCUUCUCUUUGUCUACGGUGAGCCAGUCACACGGCCCCACUCAGGCCCCGCCGUGUACUUCUGGAGGCAUCGCAAGCAGGCUGACCUGGACCUGGCCCGGGGAGACUUUGCCCAGGCUGCCCAGCAGCUGUGGCUGGCCCUGCGGGCACUGGGCCGGCCCCUGCCCACCUCCCACCUGGACCUGGCUUGUAGCCUCCUCUGGAACCUCAUCCGUCACCUGCUGCAGCGUCUCUGGGUGGGCCGCUGGCUGGCAGGCCGGGCAGGGGGCCUGCAGCAGGACUGUGCUCUGCGAGUGGAUGCUCGCGCCAGCGCCCGAGACGCAGCCCUGGUCUACCAUAAGCUGCACCAGCUGCACACCAUGGGGAAGCACACAGGUGGGCACCUCACUGCCACCAACCUGGCGCUGAGUGCCCUGAACCUGGCAGAGUGUGCAGGGGAUGCCGUGUCUGUGGCGACGCUGGCCGAGAUCUAUGUGGCAGCUGCAUUGAGAGUGAAGACCAGUCUCCCACGGGCCUUGCAUUUUCUGACACGCUUCUUCCUGAGCAGUGCCCGCCAGGCCUGCCUGGCACAGAGUGGCUCAGUGCCUCCUGCCAUGCAGUGGCUCUGCCACCCUGUGGGCCACCGUUUCUUCGUGGAUGGGGACUGGUCCGUGCUCAGCACCCCAUGGGAGAGCCUGUACAGCUUGGCCGGGAACCCAGUGGACCCCCUGGCCCAGGUGACUCAGCUAUUCCGGGAACAUCUCUUAGAGCGAGCACUGAACUGUGUGACCCAGCCCAACCCCAGCCCUGGGUCAGCUGAUGGGGACAAGGAAUUCUCGGAUGCCCUCGGGUACCUGCAGCUGCUGAACAGCUGUUCUGAUGCUGCGGGGGCUCCUGCCUGCAGCUUCUCCAUCAGUUCCAGCAUGGCCACCACCACCGGCGUAGACCCGGUGGCCAAGUGGUGGGCCUCUCUGACAGCUGUGGUGAUCCACUGGCUGCGGCGGGAUGAGGAGGCGGCUGAGCGGCUGUGCCCGCUGGUGGAGCACCUGCCCCGGGUGCUGCAGGAGUCUGAGAGACCCCUGCCCAGGGCAGCUCUGCACUCCUUCAAGGCUGCCCGGGCCCUGCUGGGCUGUGCCAAGGCAGAGUCUGGUCCAGCCAGCCUGACCAUCUGUGAGAAGGCCAGUGGGUACCUGCAGGACAGCCUGGCUACCACACCAGCCAGCAGCUCCAUUGACAAGGCCGUGCAGCUGUUCCUGUGUGACCUGCUUCUUGUGGUGCGCACCAGCCUGUGGCGGCAGCAGCAGCCCCCGGCCCCGGCCCCAGCAGCCCAGGGCACCAGCAGCAGGCCCCAGGCUUCCGCCCUUGAGCUGCGUGGCUUCCAACGGGACCUGAGCAGCCUGAGGCGGCUGGCACAGAGCUUCCGGCCCGCCAUGCGGAGGGUGUUCCUACAUGAGGCCACGGCCCGGCUGAUGGCGGGGGCCAGCCCCACACGGACACACCAGCUCCUCGACCGCAGUCUGAGGCGGCGGGCAGGCCCUGGUGGCAAAGGAGGCACGGUGGCGGAGCUGGAGCCGCGGCCGACGCGGCGGGAGCACGCGGAGGCCUUGCUGCUGGCCUCCUGCUACCUGCCCCCCGGCUUCCUGUCGGCGCCCGGGCAGCGCGUGGGCAUGCUGGCUGAGGCGGCGCGCACACUCGAGAAGCUUGGCGAUCGCCGGCUGCUGCACGACUGUCAGCAGAUGCUCAUGCGCCUGGGCGGUGGGACCACUGUCACUUCCAGCUAGACCCCGUGUCCCCGGCCUCAGCACCCCUGUCUCUAGCCACUUUGGUCCCGUGCAGCUUCUGUCCUGCGUCGAAGCUCUGAAGGCCGAAGGCAGUGCAAGAGACCCUGGCCUCCACAGUUCGACCUGCGGCUGCUGUGUGCCUUCGCGGUGGAAGGCCCGAGGGGCACGAUCCUGACCCUAAGACCGGCGGCCAUGAUGGUGCUGACCUCUGGUGGCCGAUCGGGGCACUGCAGGGGCCGAGCCGUUUUGGGCGGGGGGGCCCUCCUUGCUCUGCAGGCACCUUAGUGGCUUUUUUCCUCCUGUUUACAGGGAAGAGAGGGGUACAUUUCCCUGUGCUGACGGAAGCCAACUUGGCUUUCCCGGACUGCAAGCAGGGCUCUGCCCCAGAGGCCUCUCUCUCCGUCGUGGGAGAGAGACGUGUACAUAGUGUAGGUCAGCGUGCUUAGCCUCCUGACCUCAGGCUCCUGUGCUACUUUGCCUUUUGCAAACUUUAUUUUCAUAGCUUGAGAAGUUUUGUACAGAGAAUUAAAAAUGAAAUUAUUUAUAA